UGCUGCUGCUGCUGCUGCUGCUGCUGCUGCUCUGAUGGCCGUUCUCGCGGUGUUGUGGGCUCGGGUUGAGCCUGAAUCGACACCAGUUCAGCCAGCGCGGUUGUGACUUGCGUGACAGCCGCACAAGCCACACCGCUCCGGUCGGGAGCCAAUCGUGGGUAUUUAAGCCUCGCCGAUCGCCGCCGUCGCGAGCUCCGUUGCUGCUCUGCCGACCAGAUCGACGUUGCACCGUCCUCCUCCGCUCCCCACACAGCAGGCUCUUCGAUCGCACCAGUAUGUUCACGGCCAGACCCUUCGCUGCCCUUGCCCGAGCGUCGGUCGCCGCUCCGGCGUCGGCCCGACUCCGAUUCUUCGCCACGGCCUCGGCCCUCAAGGACCUCUCCGCCAAGGACAUCAAGAUCACCCAGACCACCAAGAGCAAGGAAAUGCUUCCUCUGAAGGAUCUCGUCUUUGGUCACACCUUCUCGGACCACAUGCUCAUUGCCGAGUGGGAGGCCACCAAGGGCUGGGCCAACCCCGAGAUCAAGCCCUACGGAAAGCUCUCGCUUGAUCCCUCGGCCACGGUGUUCCACUAUGCGAUCGAGUGCUUUGAGGGCAUGAAGGCCUACAAGGACAAGGAGGGCAAGAUUCGUCUCUUCCGCCCCGACAUGAACAUGAACCGGCUUCUGCGUUCGUGCAAGCGUCUCACCCUCCCGGCCUUCGAUAAAGAUGAGCUCCUCAAGUGCAUCAAGGCUCUCCUGAAGGUCGAUUCCAAGUGGAUCCCGGGCGAGCGUGGCUACUCCCUCUACAUCCGGCCCACUGCCAUUGCUACUCAGGAGUCUCUCGGUGUUGGUGCCUCCAACAAGGCCAUGAUCUUUGUCAUCGCCUCUCCCGUCGGCCCCUACUACAAGACCGGAUUUGCCGCUGUGUCCCUCUACGCCACUACCAAGUACGUCCGCGCCUGGCCCGGUGGCACGGGCGAUGCCAAGAUCGGCAGCAACUACGCCCCUGGCAUCCGCCCUCAGAUCGAGGUUGCCCAGCAGGGCUACCAGCAGAACCUGUGGCUCUUUGGCGAUAACGUCACCGAAGUCGGCACCAUGAACUUCUUCGCCCUCUGGAAGAACGAGGCCGGUGAGACCGAGCUCAUCACCCCUCCUCUCGACGGCACCAUCCUUCCCGGCGUCACCCGCGACUCGAUCCUGACGCUUGCGCGCGAGUGGAAUCAGUUCAAGGUCACCGAGCGCCCCAUCACCAUGUCUGAGCUGGCCAAGGGUGUCAAGGAGGGCCGCGUUCUUGAGAUGUUUGGUGCCGGUACUGCUGCCAUCGUCAGUCCCAUCAAGAACAUCAACUACAAGGGCGAGGAUCUUGCUAUUCCUCUGGAUCCCAAGGACCCCACCAGCCAGGCCGGCCCGUGGACCAAGAAGUUUGCCGAUGUGAUCAUGGGCAUCCAGUACGGCGAGAUCCCCCACAAGUGGUCUGUUGUUGUCGAUUAAAUUACCACCAUAACGGCUGGAGCAUGAAAAACUUUGCUAUCUUCGAUUCUGGUGCCAGCAGGCAGGCGUGCUUUGUGGCCGCAAGCCUCCUCACUUGGGCCCCUGGCUGCGCUCUUGGUUGCUCUGCUUGCUCCUCUUUGUCUGCCUCCUCUACCCACUUUGGGAACCCUCGAUCAUUUCGGCACGGUGGCAAUACAUGAUGCCUUGUACGACCCCAGCCGUUCAGUCCAAUGAAUCGGCAUUUGACCGCUGGCAAUCGACCAGCCAUGUCGAGGGAUCACUUCGGUGGGGUACUGGAUUUGGUGGCCUAGUAAUCCUGGAAACGCCUGAGUUGAAUUGCAGUCGACACCACCCCGAUUUGUAUCGAGGUCAAGCAUACAGCAU